AUGUCGAGCAGUAGUGAAAGUUCCGAAACCGUUCAAAGAAAUAGUGUUGUCGUUAAAGUUGGUAUGGUUGGAGACUCACAAAUCGGUAAAACAAGCUUAAUGGUUAAAUACGUAGAAGGUUCAUUUGACGAAGACUACAUUCAAACAUUGGGUGUAAAUUUUAUGGAGAAAACCAUCUCUAUAAAAAACACUGAAAUAACGUUCAGUAUAUGGGAUCUUGGUGGUCAACGAGAGUUUGUAAACAUGUUGCCUUUAGUAUGCAAUGAUGCUGUCGCCAUCCUUUUUAUGUUUGAUUUAUCACGGAAGUCUACGCUAAAUAGUAUUAAGGAAUGGUACAGACAAGCGAGAGGUUUUAAUAAGACUGCGAUACCAUUUUUGGUCGGAACAAAGUAUGAUCAAUUUGUCAAUUUUUCAAAGGAAGAAAAAGAAGAAAUUACAAAACAAGCACGUCGCUUUGCUCGUGCGAUGAAGGCUCCAUUAAUUUUUUGUUCAACUUCACAUUCAAUUAAUGUGCAAAAAAUUUUUAAGAUCGUUCUUUCUAAAGCGUUUGAUCUUAGAUGCACCAUUCCAGAAAUCAAAGAUAUUGGUGCCCCUAUAUUGGAGUAUCAUAAUGUUUCUUGA